AUGAUUGCACAGCCCAACGGCAAGCAAAAGCGUCGCAAGAUCUCACUGGCCUGCGAGCCCUGUCGGGAGCGCAAGUCCCGCUGUGACGGCGCCAAGCCGAUAUGCUCGACGUGUCGCCGCCGCUCGCUGGGCCUGGAGCGCUGCGUAUACAAGUUGGAGAAUGCACGGACGGCCAGCACGGAUGAAUACAUCAAGGUCUUACAUAGUCGCAUACGUCGAUUAGAGAGGGCGUGCAUAGACGCGGACGUGCCCCUGCCGUCUUUAGAUCAGAAUCAGGAGCAACUGCCUGAUGCCGCCGUCGGCCCCCAACUUACAUCUCCAAGAGAACGUGGUCAAGACUUGUCCAUACACGGCGCCCCAACCUGGACUAAACCUGCGACCCCUUUCUCAGAGCGCGGCGGUACUCCCACGCCUGUCGAGUACGGGAAAGGAACACCUGGGCGGGCGGGCAUCUCACUCAACUCUCCCAACAGCCUCGGCCAGCCGGACAAUGGCCAGGCGCAGCCCGACGCCGAUAUGGCGCCUCAGGCGGCUCCCAGCAGCGUGUCGGCCAUGGGAACGGUCAUGACCGAGGACAAUGUCAGUAGUUCCGAGGACUUUUACGGGAGCUCCUCCACGGCAUCAUUCCUCAAGGAGGCAUUCGACUCGAUGAAAGACAAGGAGACUUCCGCUCCGUGUCUGCCCCGAGAGUACGCCCUGCACGCCUCCCGGGAUGUCGGCCGCGAUUGGCGUCGCGAUGCUUCGUACUACGUUCCCUCACACAAGUUUUCCCUGCCUCCACGCGAGCUGGCCGAUCACCUCAUGGACUGCUUCCGCAAACAGGUGUACUACAUGUACCCCUUUUUCCACCUGCCGUCCUUUAUGAACGCCUACCGCAGCCUCUGGCAGACGAGCUCGGAGCCUCGCGAGCCGUCCAUCCCUGGACUCGGGCUGGGCUGCUAUCCCGAGGCCGACGCCAACACCAUAUCCUUCCACUGCGCCCUCAACGCCAUCUUCUCGCUCUCGUGCCACUACUCGGACCUGGGCCCCGCGGACAGGCUCGCCGCGUCGCACACCUUCUUCAUGCGCACCAAGGCCUUUGUGGGGCUCGACCUCCUCGAGUCGAACAACCUGAGCGUCGUGCAGACGCUGCUGAUCCUGGCGCUUGCGCUGCAGAGCACGCCGUAUCCGAGUCGGUGUUGGAACGCGACGGGCGUCGCGUGUAGGGUCGCUCAGGGGCUGGGGCUGCACACGGAGCAUCGACAGGACGCUCGGCGGGACCUGGAGAAGGAGGUGCGGCGAAGGACGUGGUACGGCUGUGUGACCAUGGACAUGCUCGUGAGCAUGACAUACGGGAGGCCGACCAUGACAACACACAUAUCCCUGCUUCCGCUCCCCACUGGCAACGAAUGCGACUCGCCAAGCGACAAGUCUCGCUCCACGCAGAAUCAGCAGGUGCUCCCACGGUUCCGCUUCUACCACGAGAGCGUCCGCUUGUGUCGUAUCCUAGAGGAAAUUCUGUCCAAGGUCUACCAGCCGUGGAUGAACCGUGAGGACCCAGGCUUCUCAAUGCCGCCAUCCGCGGAGCAUACCAAGUCCCACAAUCUGGAUACAAUCUUUAAGCUUCAUGAGAAGCUCUCCGAGUUUGAAGCGUCCCUGCCGGAUGACCUGACAUGGCACCAGGACGCCAAAAUGAGCCCAGGCUCAGAGGAGGAUCGCACGCUGCUGGCUGCACAGAGAGAACUUCUUCACGCACGGUUCAUCUACCUGCGUAUAAUGCUUCUUCGCCCUGUGCUCACGCAACUCGCCGCCAAGGAGCGCCACAAGCCAGCAGACAGGUCCAUAUUCGAGCCCUUGUCCGAUCCGAUCCUGGCGGGAAUGACUCUUCAGUGUUCUCGCAUGUGUGUAGAAGCCGCCAUAGAGCUCCUGCAGCUCAUUCACGGAACCUACAGCUCUCACACAACUGGCGCUUGGUGGUGGGACGUGCUCUACGCUUCCACCGCUGGGACGGUCCUCAUCAUCGCCAAAACCUGCCCAUUCCUCCUCCCUUCGCUCAGCCAAGCUCAGAUGGCGCAGUCUUGGGAAGACUGCCAGGAUAUCCUCAAAUGUGUCGCCGCAUUCAACACGUGCGGCCAGCAGUCGCUCAAGCUCCUGAAGACCAUCUACAACAAAAUCUCGGCUGCAUCACUUUACACUCAGACACACCCCACGCAAGGACCAGAUAUGGGAUCGAGCAGCGGAUACGAUGCUGCUGCCGUCGUGGAGGAUGGCGGCCAUGACCUCACCGCCGAGGUUCGUCUCGAGGCAAGCCAGGAGCUUCAGGGGCUGGAAAAUUUUGACGCUUUGGACUCUUUCUUCCAAUGGGAAAAGUCAACCUUUGACAACAUGGGCACCGCAGCCUUCUUCUGAGGGCUCAAGUUGGAAAAUAGCUCUCGCACCCAAUGUAUCUCUAAUGGACUAUGCCCAAAAUAUGUCCCUAAGCCUACAAUACAUAACGGCGC